AUGACCCUCGCGGCUUCCUCCCAGCGCUCCCAAAUCAUUCGCUCCAAGUUCAGAUCUGUCCUCCAGCUUCGGAUCCACAGGCGGUAUCAGGACCCAAUCUUGGAUCCAGAUCCAUGGGUCUCAGCCACGGGCCCUGCUCUGGCCCCAGCCUCGCCCUCGGGUCCCACUCCUUUCCUCUUCAGUCCUGGGGACCUGCUCCCUGAAUCAGAAUAUGGCCCUUGGAGGUCCCUGAAGGAGUCUCCUAAGAUCUCCCAACAUUGGAGAGAGCCCAAGCCAAAGGGGAACUUGACAUACCACCAGUACAUGCCCCCGGGGCCGAGACAAGGGUCCAGGGUCGACCCCCAGGCCAAAAUGCUGGCUCUGGGUCCCCCUGGACCACCUCUGUGGGAAGGGACAAACUCCCAGCGGCCACCUCCUAGGAUGAAGCCCAUCCCCCUCACUCCCUCCCCGCCUGGAGUCCCCAGCGCCUCGCCCUCUCCACACAAGUUGGAACUUCAGACCCUUAAACUGGAGGAGCUGACGGUCUCAGAGCUCCGGCAGCAGCUGCGCCUGCGGGGCCUCCCGGUGUCGGGGACUAAGUCGAUGCUCCUGGAGCGCAUGCGCGGCGGCGCCCUGCCCCGCGAGCGGCCGAAGCCGCGACGCGAGGACAGUCCCGCGAGCGCUCCCUGGCCGCGCCUCAGGCCCAAGGCUCUGGGAGCAGUCCGGCGGCCGGGCUCGCUCAAGUCAGGCCGGAGCUGUCACCCUCCGCCUCUUCCACGUGCCGCGGAAACCCAGCCGACUGCGCCGGCUCCCGCGCGGGCUCCGGCGCUGACCCCUGCCUCGGCACCAUCCACGGCGGCCCCGAGUCUGGAGGAGGAGCUGCAGGAAGCCAUCCGCAGGGCGCAGUUGCUUCCGAACCGGGGCAUUGAUGACAUCCUGGAGGAUCAGAUGGAGCCCGAUGACCAGCUGCCCCCCAUCCCCCUGGACUUCCCCGGCUCCUUCGACGUGCUGUCCCCCUCCCCAGACUCUGAAGGCCUCUCAUCUGUCUUCUCCUCCUCGCUCCCGUCCCCCACAAACUCCCCGUCGCCCUCUCCCAGGGGCCCCACGGAUUCCUUGGACUGGCUGGAGGCUCUGAGUGGGGGUCCUCUGCUAGGCUGUGGUCCCCCAGCCCCCAGCGUCUUCUCUGCUGACUUAUCUGACCCCAGUGGCACCCGGCUGUGGGACCUGCUGGACGAUCCGUGGUGAUGGAUUCUGGGGCUUCCAGAGAGGGGGCACUGGUGGGGAUGGGAAAGUCACAGAGGCACGCUCCCAAGGGAGGCGGGGGACAACGUGCAGAGCCCCUCCCACCAUGGACACAGAAUCAGAGAACACUCUCAUCCCCACGUGGCCCCUGAACGGCUGCUGACAUGCCGUCCGCCAGACUCUUGUCUGCCUGACCUCCGUAUGAUCUCCUCCAUGGCUGUGUGGUCCGUGUCAUUUGCUGCUGGCCAGGGCCAACAAACUGCUUGCUCCUUCCUUCAGAGACCUCAUGAUGUCUUUGUUCCCACCUUCUUCCCCCCCACCCUCUGUGCCACCUGCUAGAUGGUUCCCUGGGGCUGGGGAGUCUGGAAGGUGGUCUGUGCUUACGGGAUGUAAGGAGAGGGGCAAGGAAGAGUCGGGAGGGAGAAUGGGGAGCCAGACCCUUGGCUUCCGGUUGGAAGUGAGAAUAUCAACGUGUCGUGUCUGAGGUCAGAUUCCCUUGGAAGAAGAGCCCGAGACAAGACUCAUGUGCCCCCUGAUUCAUGAGAUAAAUGCUCUGAGGAGAAACCAAAAGGGAGCAGAGGACACUGGACAGAGAAGGGGGAAGAUUCGCAAGAGUGUGACGUCAGGUGAAGUCCCAACCUCAACUGGGCCCCGUGGGGAGCUCUGGAGGAUAAAUUAAGCUGCAGUCUGUCCUACCCUGAGGCCAAGGGAGUUAGGCUUUUGAAGCUGAGGGAGAUCUGUCCCCCCCCCUUUUUUUAUUGCUGAAUAACAAGCCAUCCCCAAAGUUAGAGUCUCAAAAUAAUAACUAUGAUCACUUACAAUUCCACUGAGUGGCUCAGCAAGGCAAUUCUUUGGGGUUGCAGUCAUUUUUUUUUUUUUUUAAGAGAGAGUGGGAGCGGGGGAGAGUGGCAGAGGAGGAGAGAGAGAGAAUUUUUUUUAACGUUUAUUUAUUUUUGAGAGAGAGAGAGAGAGAGAGAAUGCAUGUGCGAGUCAGGGAGGGGCAGAGAGAGAGGGGGACAGAGGAUCCGAAGUGGUCUCUCUGCACGGACAGCAGAGAGCCCGAUGGGGCCUUGAACUCAUGAACCCUGAGAUCAUGACCCGAGCCGAAGUCAGAAGCUCAACCGACGGAGCCACCCAGGCGCCCCUAUUUAUUUUUAAUUAAAAAAAAUGUUUUUUAAUUUAUUUUUGAGAGAGAAAGAGAGACAGAGUGGGAGCAGGGGAGGGGCAGAGGGAGAGGGCGACACAGAACUCAAAGCAGGCUCCAGGCUCCGAGCUGUCAGCACAGAAAACCCACAAACCAUGAGAUCAUGACCUGAGCCGAAAUCGGAGGCCCAACCGGCUGAGCCACCCAGGCGCCCCUUACAUUUCUCUUUUCUAAUGGUUGUCUUCAAGCAACGUCUUUUCAAGCGUAGGUUUUCGUAUUAUUCAGGUGUGGCGGAGCCGGGCAGAUCAGGACGAUCUGAUCCUUUGUUAUCCUCCUUGAAAAGAUUGUGUGUUUUUCUCACGGAUCCCAAGAGAAGGGGGCGUGCCAAGCCACACCAGGCCACGUGGGCAAGGGCCAGGGUCAGUCCGGAGGCUGAGAGGGGGAGGGGGAGGGAAACCCUGGGCAAGAGUCUUUACUGUGGUUUCCCAGGGAAGGAACCGGAGAGGCAGGGUAAGCAGCCUCAGGGUUGUCUAGUUUGGAUAAAUUUCAGCUGGCUCCGGGGUGUGGCCCCCCACCCCCUUCCCUGGUUGUCUGGAACCUGAUCCUGGGGUGUUUAGGCUGGGGAAUAGUGGCCUGGAGUACAGGCGCUCACAAAGGAAGCGGUUGUGAGUCUGG